GAAGUGGCCAGAAGAGGAAGCAGCAGGCUGCAGAGAGGAGGCAGGUGGGCUAGGGGUGGAGGCAAUCACCGGAGCCUGCUGCCCGCACAGAGAGCCGAGGGCCUGCAGUCUGUGUCUGGAGCGAGAUGCACACCAAGGCACGACCCCCAGAGUUGCAGAUGCUGGGAAUGCUGGCCAUGCUGUGGCUUGGCGCCGUGACUCUCGCCUACGUCCUGUGGCAGGUGCACCUCCCCGCCCCCUGUGGCCAGCUGCACCCCGGGGAAGGGCCCACCGGGUCCGGGGGCCAUGGCUCCAGCCUGGCCUGGGGGUCCCAGAGAGGGGAGGCCGGGCAGCAGCUGCAGGACUCGUGCCGGCUUGUCCUUGUGGAGAGCAUCCCCCAGGACCUGCCCUCUGCAGCUGGCCGCCCGUCUGCCCGGCCCCUGGCCCAGGCCUGGCUGCAGCUGCUAGACACCGCCCAGGAGAGCAUCCACAUGGCUUCCUUCUACUGGUCCCUCACAGGGCCCGACGUUGGGGUCAACGACUCGUCCUCCCGGCUGGGGGAGGCCCUUCUACAGAAGCUGGAGCAGCUGCUGGACAAGAACAUUUCCCUGGUUGUGGCUACCAACAGCCAGUCAUUGGCCAAGAACUCCACGGACCUGCAGGUCCUGGCGGCGCAAGGUGCCCAGGUGCGGUUCGUGCCUAUGAGGAAGCUCACCGGGGGCGUUUUGCACUCCAAAUUCUGGGUCGUGGAUGGACGGCACAUCUACCUGGGCAGUGCCAACAUGGACUGGCGGGCCCUGACGCAGGUGAAGGAGCUGGGCGCCAUCAUCUAUAACUGCAGCCGCCUGGCCCUCGACCUGGAGAAGACCUUCCAGACCUACUGGGUCCUGGGGGCGCCAAAGGCGGUCCUCCCCAGAGCCUGGCCCCAGAACUUCUCGUCCCACAUCAACCGCUUCCAGCCCCUCCGGGACCGCUUUGACGGGCUGCCCACCACUGCCUACUUCUCCGCCUCGCCACCCAUGCUCUGCCCGCAUGGCCGCACCCGGGACCUGGAAGCACUGCUAUCAGUGAUGGGGGGCGCCAGGGAGUUCAUCUACGCCUCGGUGAUGGAGUAUUUCCCCACCACGCGCUUCAGCCACCCAGCCAGGUACUGGCCGGUGCUGGACACUGCACUGCGGACAGCCGCCUUCGACAGGGGUGUGCGUGUGCGUCUGCUGGUCAGCUGCUGGCCCCACACGGACCCCAGCAUGUUCCCCGACCUGCGGUCCUUGCAGGCUUUCAGCAACCCCGCGGCCAGUGUCUCGGUGGAUGUGAAAGUCUUCAUCGUGCCGGUGGGAAAUCACUCCAACAUCCCAUUCAGCAGGGUGAACCACAGCAAGUUCAUGGUCACAGAGAAGGCGGCCUACAUAGGCACCUCCAACUGGUCGGAAGAUUACUUCAGCAGCACCUCAGGGGUGGGCCUGGUGGUCAGCCAGAGAGCCUCCAGCACCCGGCCAGGGGUGCUUCCCGUGCAGGAGCGGCUGCGCCGCCUGUUCGAGCGAGACUGGGAUUCCCGCUAUGCCGUGCGCCUGGACGGACAAGCCCAGGGCCGGGACUGUGCUUGGCAAGGCUGAGGUGCAGCUCCGUCUGAGCCCUGGCCCCAGCUCCCCGUGGAUGCCGCCUCCCGCUGCGCCUCCCAGCUGUCCCCCUGCUGGGGCUCCAAUCUGCCCGUCCGCACAAGCCCUGCUCAGGGCCAGGACCCCCCAACUCCUGGCAGGUGCAGACUGCUUGCUUGUGCCCAGGCCCCGAACCAGCCUCUCUUCCACCCCACCCCCUCCAGACAGCCCUCCAGGAUGCUCCUCCCCGACCCACAAUCCCCACCCACAAAGGGGGGCUUUAGAAUACACAAGCACCUCCCUGCCUGUCUGUGUGAGUCCCGCAUGGGCUGCAUCCACUGCUCCUGGCCCCGGGUUGGAGGUCGGCAGCCCUGACCCUGUGAGGCUGCUGGGCAAGCCUGCUCUGGUCCCCACUCACAGGGACCGGGGGGUGGGGCCGGGGCAGGUGCUAGGACAGGGGGGCCCAGGACUGUGGGCACGGGUCCUGGAGAGGGGAGGCGGGUGCAGGGCUGCUGUAUGGCCCUUAGGACCAUGUGUAGUGGUCAGCACUGUGCGCAGAGUCGAGAGAACCUGGUUUUGAGCCAGGGGUUGGGGGGUGGGGUGCUGGCCCCAAGCUGGGUGGGGACUUGGAUACAGACCUGCUGGAGCUGACCCUGUCCUGGGAUGCACCCAGCACCUGCCCGGCAGAGGCAGGAUCUGAAUCCUGUUGGACACCUGGGUUCCGGCCCCUCUGCCGGGUCAGAAGCCUGUCUCAGGUGCCUUGGCCUCUCUCGACUCCUGGUUUCUGACCAAGGCUUCAGAGCCCAUCCGACCUGUGGAGCCCACCUAGGCUGGAGCUUGGGGCCAGCUCAGUGGCCCAAGGGACCCUGGGUGCUGAGGGAGCUAAUCGAGUACAUACCAGGGUCCUGCUCUCCCACACCCUGGGGCGCCUCUUCCCUGCCCCCCUAGUCCUCUCUGCCCCAGAGUGAGCUGAUGGGCUGCCAUUGGGCCCCCUACCGUCAGCAUCCUUGUUAGUGAAGAAGGUCCCUGAGCCCAGCCUGCCCUCCUGCCCAGACCUGCAAGGGUCUGAAGAGGGUGCCGUGGACCCAUGCAGCCCUGCAAGGCAUCCACCGCCUCUGGGAGCUGGUCUGUGUGUGAGCUGCACUGGGCCGAGCCAAGCCCUGGGGCCGCUGUGGCAGCUCACCACGGCUCCCAUCCCCUGCCCGUGGACUGCGCAGCUACGCCCGUCAGGAGGAGACGCCGUCGCAGCCCCGUGGUGCUCUCCAGGGCUGCAUGUGGGAGCCUGCUCUCUGGUCCUGGCCCCACAGCGGCGUUGUCCCCGGGCCGGUCGCCGCGAGCUUGCAGGGCUCCGUGCUCCAGGCCGUGCUGGGACAAAACCACAGCCAACGGCCCAGUGGCCGUCACCAGCGGGAGGGGCUGGUGGCCACAACCCAGUGGCAGCCUCGAAGGCCCGUUCCAAAGCAGACCCCCCCACAGGAGACCCAGCUUGAUGAGGCUCAAGAGGCCCUCCGGGGCGCCUUGACGUGACUCCUUCUGGGCCGCGGCGGACAGACUCUAAAAUGGCCCUCACGACCCUGCCCCCUGGAGCCCGUGUCCUGUGUGACCCCCUCCCCGUGGGGGCGGGCACACCUGUCUUUGCUUGUAAGCAAUAGAACGCGCAAAGGGGCCGCAGCAUCACAGCUGUGUUUGUGCAACACGUCUGUCGCCGUGUCUUGCUGGGAGUCCGCUCCUUGCUGGCUGGAUGAAGCAAGCGCCUAGGCUGUGGCCGCUCGGUCAGAGAGGCCCCGCGGCAGGGCACCGCGGGCGGCCAGCAAGACGCAGAGGCCCCCGGCAUCCAGCGGGCGAGGACCGAGUGGAGCGAGCCGCUCCUUCCCCACUUGGACGGGCGAUGAGACCCCAGCCCCGGCUCACGCCCCGACUGUAGCCUGCAGGACCCUGGGCAGAGGACCCAGCUAAGCGGGGCUUGGACUCCCGAUCCAUGGAAACCGGGAGGUCAUAAAUGUGCGCGGUCUUCAGCUGCCGGCCUGUGGCAACG